GCGAUGGCGUCGUUUGGCGAUUUCUUACCGCCCCUUCUCUUGCUAGCCACCGUCUUCUCUAGACCCGCAUUGUGCUACAUCAAUCCACCCACCUCAAGGCCUCAACAGAAUGUUGCAGAAUCCUCUGCCUACCGCAAUUACAUCGUGCUUGUGGAGCCACUACCCUCGGAUGCCGGGGAAGAUGCUCACCGUAGGUGGCACGAGUCUUUCUUGCCAAGCUUGCGCGCCGAUGAAUCCGUCCAGCCCCGUCUUCUCCACUCCUACACCGAAGUGUUCAAUGGCUUCACCGCGAGGCUCACUAAGCCUGAGCUAGAUUCGGUGGCCAAGAAGCCAGGGUUCAUCCGUGCGUUCCCAGACCGGAUAUUGCAACUCAUGACCACGCACACCCCGGCGUUCCUCGGGCUCAGGAACGGCACUGGGCUCUGGAGCGACGCUGGCUUUGGGAAGGGAGUCAUCAUUGGGUUGCUCGACACUGGCAUCCAUGCGACACACCCUUCCUUUGAUGAUCAUGGAAUCCCGCCGCCCCCGUCAAGGUGGAAAGGCUCGUGUAAGGCGGCCCGCUGCAACAACAAGCUCAUCGGUGCCAAGUCUUUUGCUGGAGAUGACUCUGGAGACAAAGAUGGGCAUGGAACACAUACCUCAUCCACAGCCGCCGGGAACUUCAUCCCUGGCGCGUACCAUGGCAUCGGCACGGGAACCGCAGCUGGAAUAGCUCCUGGCGCCCAUAUCGCCAUGUACAAGGUAUGUGCCGAUGAUUGUGAGGAAUCCGCCAUACUAGCUGGGUUGGAUGAGGCCAUCAAGGAUGGGGUGGAUGUGCUCUCCCUUUCCUUUGGCCCCUACAAGGGCACCAGCUUUGAUCAGGACCUUGUCGCUAUUGGCGCGCUUAGCGCCGUAUCCAAGGGCAUAGUCGUGGUUUGUGCGGGCGGCAAUGACGGGCCCAUCCUAGGCUCGAUCACAAACGAUGCGCCAUGGUUGCUCACCGUGGCUGCCGGCUCGGUCGACAGGAGCUUCGAUGCUGAGGUGCGUCUGGGCAAUGGCAAGAGCAUCCACGGAGAAGCGCUUACCCAGGAAGCAAAUCCGAGCUCAAAGUCGUACCCUCUCCUCUUCUCUGAGGCACGUCGGCAUUGUGAAUACGACCAUGACAAUUCCAUCGUUGGUAAGAUCCUUGUUUGUGAGGCCAUAGUGUCGUACUCUCCGAAGUCUGAAGUCCAAGGCUUAAUUGGCGCCGGCGCAGCUGGCGUGGUCUUCUUCAAUGACAAGACCAGUGGCUACACCACACUUCUUCAGGAUUACAACUCCAGCGUGGUGCAGGUAACCGCGGCCGAUGGAGCCAUCCUCACAUCUUAUGCGGCAUCACCAGGGAGAAGAUUUGUGGCUAGCUUGGCAUACAACAACACACUGCUAGGCAUCCACCCGGCGCCUGUUGUGUCAUCGUUCUCUUCGCGGGGUCCAAGCUCCAAUGUCCCUGGCAUUCUCAAGCCGGACAUAUUAGCGCCUGGGCUCAACAUCCUAGCCGCAUGGCCACCAAACACAGAUUCUGAAUUGGGGCCUUUCAACAUCAUAUCAGGCACGUCCAUGGCCACUCCGCACAUCAGCGGUGUUGCCGCGCUUAUCAAGAGCGUUCAUCCUAGCUGGUCACCAGCAGCCAUCAAGUCUGCCAUCUUGACAACAUCAGACAUGGUCAAUAGCACUGGCGGCCCGAUCUUGGACCAACAACAUAGGAAGGCUAGUGCGUAUGACACAGGUGCUGGCCAUGUGAAUGCCGCGAGAGCCGCCGACCCUGGUCUGGUGUACGACCUUGGCACCGCUGACUAUGCCGGUUAUAUUUGUUGUCUCCUCGGCGACAAUGGCUUGGCAACCAUCGUGCGUAAUUCAAGCCUGACUUGCGCGAUGCUCCCAAAGGUCAAGGAUGUGCAGCUCAACUACCCGACGAUUACUGUACCAAUGACAUCAAUGCCUUUCACCGUGAACCGUACUGUGACUAACGUCGGUCCAGCAACGUCAUCAUACAUGGCAAAGGUGGAUGCUCCCAAGACAUUGGUGGUGCGCGUCUUCCCGGAGACACUGACAUUCUCCAAGGCCGGAGAGAGGAAAACAUUUAGCUUGACAGUGAGCAGCCAUGGCGUCGGUAAAGAAGAACUCGUGGAGGGAAGCUUGAGAUGGGUGUCAGAGAAGCAUGUUGUGCGGAGCCCCAUCGUCGCAUCUGCCGGAGCGGCUGGUCAUUCUUGCACACUAGCAGCAUUUCCGGUAUCCGUGCCCUAA